AAAAUCUUGGCAGAACCUUGUAAUGUUAGCAAUGCUUCCAUUAAUGGUGAAAGCUCAAGGCAAGUUGCUGUGGAUGAGUAUGCUGAAGAUACUUCAGAUGAAGAAGACAUUCGAAACACAGUUGGUAAUAUUCCAAUGCAAUGGUAUGAUGAUUUCCCUCACAUCGGUUAUGAUAUUGAAGGUAAGAAGCUUAUGAAGCCUGCAACAAAUGAUGAAAUUGAUGAAUUCUUGAGCAAGAUUGAUGAUCCUAAUUACUGGCGAACUGUCAAAAAUAAAAUGACUGGUGAAAAAGUUUUCCUUACUGAUGAAGAUGUGGAUAUUAUUCAACGAAUUCAGUCUGGCAGGUUUGCGAGUAAGGAAGAUCAAUAUCAACCAUUUGAAGAUUUCUUCACUUAUGAGAAGAUGGAGCAUCCAGUAACAAACUUUCCUCCCCACAAAAGAAGUUUUAUACCAUCAAAAAUAGAGAAAGAAAAGGUCUCAAAACUUGUUUAUGCUAUUAAAAUGGGUUGGAUUAAACCAAGAGUUCCCAAAGAAAAAGAAGAAGACUUUUAUUUGAUGUGGGACAAAGAUGUGGCUGAAGAGUCCAAGCGUUUGCAGCAUUAUAUACCUGCUCCAAAAAGAAAACUUCCUGGUCAUGAAGAGUCUUAUAAUCCACCACCAGAAUAUUUGUUUACUGCUGAAGAGGAAGAAAAAUGGAAGGAACAAGAACCAGAAGAAAGAAAAUUAGAUUUUGUUCCCAAAAAGUUUUCUAGUCUAAGAGAAGUGCCAGCAUAUUCACAGUACAUCAAAGAAUGGUUUGAAAGAUGCCUGGAUUUAUAUCUCUGUCCAAGACAAAGAAAAAUGAGAGCCAAUGUGGAUCCGAACGAUUUAAUACCUCAAUUGCCAAAGCCGAAAGAUUUACAACCUUUCCCUACUACAUUGUCUUUGGUAUUCACUGGUCACACAGCAUUAGUUCGAUGCAUAUCUGUGGAGCCAUCAGGGCAGUUCUUGGCUUCUGCAAGUGAUGAUCAAACAAUUAAGAUCUGGGAAGUUCUAACUGGUAGAUGUCUUUCCACAAUCAACUUAGGUGGACCAAUAAAAAGAUUGACAUGGUGUCCAACUGAGGCAUUGUGUUUGAUACUGGCUGCAGUGGGAGAGAAAGUAUUUAUUAUCAAUCCAAGAGUUGGAGAUAAAAUUGUCAUUAGUAACACAGACACUUUGUUGGCAUCCAUUCCUGAAAGCUCUGACGAAAAAGUUGCUGAUUGGAUGUUGCCCUCAGAAGAACAAAAGAAAAUUGGAGUUCGUUUGAUCAUCACCCACAAGAAAGAAGUGAAGCAAGUUGUUUGGCAUGCAAAAGGGGACUAUAUUGCAGUAUUAUUAUCUGACAUUGGUUUUAAGUCUAUUGUGUUUCAUCAACUAUCAAAAUUUCGUUCUCAGAUGCCUUUCCAGAAAUUAAAAGGCAACGUACAAAAUGUGUUAUUUCAUCCUUUACGUCCUAUCUUUUUUGUUGCCACUCAGAAGCAUAUAAAAGUGUAUAACCUUCUCAAGCGAGAAGUUUCUAAAAUUUUGUUUGGAAAUUGCAAAUGGAUAUCAAGUUUGGCUGCUCACCCUCAAGGAGACAAUUUAAUUAUUGGUAGUUAUGACAGCAGACUUAGUUGGUUUGAUCUGGAACUUUCUACUAAACCUUACAAAACUCUCAGGAAUCACAAAAAGGCAAUCAGACAAGUGGCUUUUCACAAGAGAUAUCCACUCUUUGCUUCCACUUCAGAUGAUGGUUCAGUCAUUAUUUGUCAUGGAAUGGUUUACAGUGAUCUGCUGCAAAAUCCUACAAUAAUUCCGGUUAAAAUACUAAAAGGACAUGGCGUGUCUCUGGAUUGUAUUUUCCAUCCUCAAAGACCUUGGAUAUUUUCUACUUCUGAUGAUGUUAUCAGAUUAUAUUCUUAAAUUUUCAUUUAAUCAUUUUUGUAAAUAAAUACGUUUAUUGAAUA